GCAUGCGCAUUAGUCAUCCCUGACCCUCCCGACUUUGCAGCCUUUUGGAGCUCGCUGUUUUUCUCGCGGUGUCCUUUGUCGCGCUGUCCCCCUCGCUCUCGAGCGUUCCUCCGGAAGACUCUAGGAAGACUCAGCAGCAGGAAGAUGGCAGUGGACUCAGUGGAUUUUGAGGAUGUGGCUGUGAAGUUCACCUUUGAAGAGUGGGCCCUGUUGGAUCCUUCACAGAAGAGACUCUACAGAGUUGUGAUGAGGGAAACUAUCAGGAACCUGGCAGUAGUGGAGACAAAAGAGAAAGACCAGAGGAUUGAUGAUGAGCACAAAAAGCAAGAUGGAAAUCCCAGUGCCCUCAGAAGUCAUGAAAGAACUCACCCUGGAGAAAGACCCUAUAAAUGUAUACAAUGUUGCAAGACCUUCACUACUUACACAUACUGCCAAAUGCAUGUAAGAACUCACACUGGGGAGAGACCUUAUGAAUGUAAACUGUGUGGAAAGGCAUUCACUUUUCCUAAUGGCCUCCGUCAACAUGAAAAAAUUCACACAGGACAUAAACCAUACAAAUGUGAGAAAUGUGGAAAGGCUUUCAAACAUUCCAGUUCCCUAAAAGUACAUCAAAGAAUUCACAGUGGAGAGAAACCAUAUGAGUGUGGUCAAUGUGGGAAGGGUUUUGUUUCUUCUUCUUCUCUCCGUGUACAUGAAAUCAUUCACACUGGAGAAAAACCUUAUGAGUGUAAACAGUGUGGGAAAGCAUUCCCUUUUUUCCAUGUCUUACAAGUACAUCAAAGAAUUCACACUGGAGAGAGACCCUACAAAUGUAAUCACUGUGGAAAGGCUUUUGGUUCUUCCAGUCCUUUAAGAAGACACGAAAGAACUCACACUGUGUUGAAACCAUAUAAGUGUAAACACUGUAAUCAGAGCUUUGCUCGUCCUGUUCUGUGUGAAAGGCAUGAAAGAACUCAUACUGGGCUGAAACCAUAUGAAUGUAAACAAUGUGGUAAGGCCUUUGGGUCUUCCAGUAACCUCAAAAGGCAUGUAAGAACCCACAGUGGAGAGAGGCCACAUGAAUGUAAACGAUGUGGAAAGGCGUUCAAUUCUUCCCAUAUCCUCAGAAGACAUGAAAGAACUCACACUGGAGAAAAACCCUAUAAAUGUAAGCAGUGUGGUAAGGCCUUCACUUCUUCCAGUUAUCUCCCAGUCCAUGAAAGAAUUCACACUGGAGAGAAAUUAUACAAAUGUACACAAUGUGGAAAGGCCUUUACUUCUUCCAGUAUUUUCAGAAGGCACGAAAGAAGACACACUGGAGAGAAACCUUAUGCCUGUAAGCAAUGUUGUAAGACUUUCAUUUCUUCCAGUGCACUCCGAUAUCAUGUAAGAACUCACACUGGUGAGAGACCCUAUAAAUGUAAACAAUGUGGAAAGGCAUUCCCAUUUUGUAGUGGCCUCCGUGCGCAUGAAACUAUUCACAAAGAACAGAAACACUACGUAUGUAAACAGUGUGGAAAAGCAUUUACUCGUUCCUAUGCCCUCAUAAUGCAUGAAAGGAUUCACACUGGCGAGAAACCCUAUAUGUGUAAACAAUGUUGUAAAACCUUCAGUUAUUCCAGUUCUCUCCGAAUCCAUGAAAGAACUCACACUGGAGAAAAACCCUAUGAAUGUAAACAAUGUGGAAAGGCAUUUACUUGUCCCAAAUAUCUUCGAAUACAUAAGAGAUUUCACACUGGAGAGAAACCCUAUAGAUGUAAUGAAUGUGAUAAGCCUUUCACAACUUCCAGUCACCUCCGAGUACAUCGAAGAAUUCACACUGGAGGAAAACUAUGAAUGUAUAAAAUGUGACAAAGCCUUUUUUUAUUCCUGUGACCUCCAGAGGAAUGAAAGAUCUCACCCUAGAGAGAAGCCCUACAAAUGUGAUGUGGUAAGGCCUUUGUUAAUUCUUGUUCCCUCAAUCUGCCCAAAAAGUCAUUGUGUAAAGAAAGCCUAUGAAUAUAAUCAGUGUGAGGAGGCAUUUGCACAUUCCUGUGCACUCUGAAGUAACUCAGGAAAAAAAUCUCAAGCAAAUAAGGUGGUGAGAACCAAGCUUGCUGCAGUGCCCUCAUAGAGCUUGAAGAAACUCAGGGUAGAAGAAACGUGAGUAUUAACCACAUGAAAUCUUCAUUUAUGAUCUUUAGUGGCCUUAAAAUUCACAUUGACAUGAAACCCUUUGUGGGGAAACUACAUAGUAGGGGCAUAAGUUGUUUCAGCCAGAUUUAAGUACAGGGGUCUAUCCACUGGAGAGAAACCCUUUAGACAUAUAUAAACUAUAUGAUAAGGCUUGAAGAAUUGAGAUACUGUUUCAUUACAACAAAGUGGAAGGGACAUAGAACCAUGGUAGGGUUAAAAAACAAUGUAAAUAUGACCAUUUCUGCCCUGCUCUGUUCUGAAUGAAACACUAUGGCUAGUAUAUAAUAUGGAUGAAUCUGUCAUAUCACCCACCCUUUGGAGAAAGAAAACUUUUCAUCUGCUAGGAACUUAAUAUGUUUAGUGUUGAAAUUCAUUCGAGCAAUUUUGCUUCUUUUUUUUUUUUUUUUCUUUUCCCCAUAUCAGGGCUGGAACUCAGGGCCUUGUGCUUACAAGGCAGGCAGGGUGCCACUGAGCUAAAUCCCAGACGUGAUUUUGCUUAUUUUCAAACAGAGCCCUAGUCAGCAAGAGCAAUUUCUUUGUCUGUAUCUCUCACAGUGGUUGAAACCAGGGCAUUCAUUAUGAGAAACUUCUCCAGGCUUUAUUUUUUAUUUUGAGGUCAGUUACAGCUGCAAGGCUCUGCAUUAAUAGUUGUGAGGAUACUGCCUCUGAUUCCUUGAGUGCAAAGAUUACAAGUCAGUGAUGUCAUGGGUGGCUGCAAGUUUUUUAGUCUAAGGAAUAUGAGAAAGACUCUUCCCUUCCUCCAUAGAAAAGGUCAUGGUAUUAACCUUUGCAAACAACUGCCUAUGCAGUGUGUGAAAGUUUUCAAAUUUUCACAAAGACUUUUUAGUCCUCCAAAAAUUGGCACUAAACAAAGCACUACAGAAAGAUGAAGUCAUUUCACAUGUGCCACUUCAGAACAUUAUCUGUAUGAUCUAUGAUGCAUGUCUAUCUGUGACUCAUUCUCCCAUAUUUUAGAGGUGAGAGCGUGGCAAAAAAGUGAAAGGUCAGUGUAGUUCUGCAAAUUUGCACUCCAUGUGUCUUGGGCAGCUAAGGGAGGAAGAUAGGAAGUUCAAGUCCAACCUGUGCAACCUGGUGAGACCCUGUCUCCAAGAAUUAAGAGAUCCCGGAAAGUAGCUCAGAGUGCAUCCCUGUGUUAAAUGCCUGGUAUGAGCAAAAAUGUCAAAGGAGUGUUAUUAAAACCUGUAGACAAGUAAACAUGGUAGUAAACCUUUGGCACCGAUUUCCUAGUUGUAUCCUCACCUAAAGAUUCAUUGGAGAUGGAUAUUUUAAUUGUGAAAUACCUGUAGACACAUAUGAUAUAGCACUGCUUUUUUUUUUUCUAACUAAAUGCUCAAGCCAUCAUAGCCACCAGUAUCAGCUCAGUGGAAGCUAAGAGAUUUUAUUGAAUCUUUGAAACAUAUAGUUAUAGAAAGUUAGUAGUUAAGGUUUGUGUUAGAUGUGCUCCCAAAGCCUCAUGCAGAUGAGGUGGGACUUUCUUUUUCAGAGGUAAUUAGAUCUGGAAUGUGUGGUGCUGGGGUUAAGGGUGUAUGAUUACUAAACCACUACUGUUGAGAUUUUUAGUUUUGACCUAAUCCCAGGAGUCUGGAUGAUAUAAAAGGGGCGGGAGGACACUGUCACACUCUCUUGCUACCUUGUGAGGACCAUGUCGUUUCUCCUCUGCAAUGCCUGUUUGCCAUCCCUUUCUGGAGGUCAGCUGAUUAUGGACUGAAACCUCUCUGAACUGUGAGUUAAGUAAACUUCUUCCCUUUUAACGUUAGGUAGUGCAUAUUUUGUCUCAGCAAUGAAAAAA